CUUCGUCGCUCUCCCGGGCAGCAGCAGCGGCGGCAGCGGGAGGAGUGCGCGCUCGGCCCUGGCGCCAUGGCGCAGCCGCUGCAAAAGUGCCGGGCGGAAUGGCAAGCCCUGGAGGAGGAAUUCCAGCAGCUCCAGGAAACUCACAAAGUCUACAAACAGAAGCUAGAGGAACUGAACAACCUGCAGGCUGCCUGCAGCAGCUCCAUACAGAAGCAGAAGCGGGGACUGAAAGACUUGCAGAAUAGCUUCCAAAGAUGCAAGCGUGACUGCAGCCUGGAAGAAGCGGAGCUCAUACAACAAAUCGGUAGCCAGAUCAAAGAGCGGCAAAAUGUUUUCUUCGACAUGGAAGCCUAUUUGCCAAAGAAGAACGGAUUGUACUUAAAUCUCGUGCUGGGGAAUGUGAAUGUCACCCUUCUAAGCAAUCAGGCCAAGUUUGCCUACAAAGACGAGUAUGAAAAAUUCAAACUGUACUUGACAAUAAUCUUACUGCUUGGAGCAGUAGCUUGCCGAUUCGUUCUUCAUUACCGGGUGACGGAUGAAGUCUUCAACUUCCUCUUAGUUUGGUAUUACUGCACACUGACGAUAAGGGAGAGCAUCCUCAUCAGCAAUGGCUCAAGGAUUAAGGGCUGGUGGGUAUCUCAUCAUUACGUUUCUACGUUUCUAUCUGGUGUGAUGCUAACGUGGCCAGAUGGUCUCAUGUACCGAAUGUUCCGCAAUCAGUUUUUAGCAUUUUCAAUUUUUCAGAGUUGCGUCCAGUUUCUACAAUACUACUAUCAAAGUGGUUGCCUUUAUAGACUCCGUACAUUAGGGGAAAGAAACCACUUAGAUCUCACAGUGGAGGGAUUUCAGUCUUGGAUGUGGCGAGGGCUGACCUUUCUGCUCCCCUUCUUGUUCUUUGGGCAUUUUUGGCAGCUCUACAAUGCUAUCACACUUUUUGAACUGUCAAGACAUAACAAAUGUAAAGAAUGGCAAGUUUUUGUGCUUGCACUCACAUUUCUGGUGCUCUUCCUUGGAAACUUCCUCACGACCCUGAAAGUUGUGCACACUAAAUUUCAGAAGAACAAAAUGAAGAAAUUGUGAAGACAGAAAGUCGUGCAUGCAGGAUGCUAGAACUUGAGGUCUGGUUUCAUUUUUUCCUCUGCUGUGAUUAGACUCGUGUUCCAGACGGUCCUCCUGCUUCGCCAGUGGCCCUACAAUAAGUGACCCAUGGAGGAAAUUCCACCUGCGUUAUACUGUGAAUGUCUUCCUCAACAGGCCUGCGAGUGCUUGCGCUCUCCAGCUGGUAACCUGACUAUUUAUAUUUAAUUUAAUCCAAAGCCCCUCUGGCCUUUGCUGGGAUAUAGCCAUGAGGUUGAUCCAUUCUCGGAAGAAGAUGGAUUCUCAGGAGAGAACAAAAAGGAGACAAACUAUUCUGGAAUAAAGCAAACUUUGAUUAAAUACUCUCUUUAAAGUU